GAUGUACAACUUGGGAAUCGUCAUUGAGGAAAUUCGAAAUUGAUAAUAAUACUGAGAUUAUUAAGAGUGCGACAAAUUACCAAAUAUUUGUUUUACAUAAUAUCAUUUCUAGUCAACAGGACACAUUAAUGGCAUCUUUUGCACCAAAAGCUAAUGAUGGGCUCAAGGCAGCAUGCAAAAAGUGUGGUUAUGCAGGCCACCUGACAUUCCAGUGUCGAAACUUCAUCCAGGCAGAUCCAAACAAGGAAGUGUUAUUAGACGUCAGCAGCACCAGCUCGGACUCUAGUGAUGAAGACUUUGUGUCCCCACUUACAGAGGUCAAAAAAGAAAAGUAUGAAAGGGAUAAAGGUAAAAAGAUGAAGAGGCCUUCGAAAAAAAAGAAACGAGAACGAUCACGAUCACGGUCACCAGUCAAGAGGAAAAAGUCCAAGAAGCGCAAGAAUCACAAAGCUGACUCUGACAGUGACUCUGAAUAUAGAUCCUCAGAAUCAUCACACAAAACGAGGUCUGAAAAGUCCAAGAGGAGACACAGACACAGGGACAGUGACUUGAGCGACAGUGAAGUGAAACUGGAAAAGAAGCACAAAAGGAAACAGCACAAGAGAAGACAAGAUUCUAGUGAUAAUGAUUCCGAUUCACGGAGACGGCAGCGCAAGAAAUACGAAGACUCCAAGUACUUUGUCUCUUAUAAAGAGAUGAUGUGAAUUUAAAAAUGAAAGUCAUUGAUCAUCCUGAUAGAUAAAAUAAAAUCAUUUUCAAUUAAACU